GGCGAGCGGGGGUCCCCAUGGCCACCCCCCCACACCUCGAGGGGCGGCGGGGAGCUCCCCGCUCUGCUCCCGCACCGCCGCCCCCGGUGUUAUCCCCGUUAUUAUCCCCCUUAUUAUCCCCGUUUUUAUCUUUAUCCCCGUUUUUAUCCCCGUUAUUCCCCCCUCUGCCCGCCCGCCGCGGGGGGAGCUCGGCCGGUCGCGCCCUGCCCGCCGAGGGGGGCACGGAGCCUUCUUUGGGACGCGAUGUCCUAUUUGGUGUGGGUGGAUGGCUUAACUUGCUGGUAAUUUCUGCUGCGUCAACACCCAGCUCAAGGGAGAGGAGAAGAGACAAGGGGGCAUUUUAACAGCAGCUCCACUUGCGGAUAGCCAGCCUCAAUCCCGGCUCCAGCAUUAAAACCCUUUCCGCCCCCUAAAAUCCAGCAUCCGUGCAAGUUGGACCAAGAGUUUGUCAGGAGUGUGGUUCAAAACUGCUUGGAAAAAGGGAUGAGGACAUCUGAUGAACUUUCUGGAGCUUCUUACCAGAGACCAUUUUCCUCUCUUCAUUGAAACAUGCACUGUCCAGCUGUGAAACAUUGCAAGGUUUAUUUUUGCUAACAGGAAACACUUUCAAGUAUCGUUCUGUCUUUCUCCUACAAGAGUUCACACCAGUGCUGUUGGAAGGUCACAAACAGGGCACUACCUGUGCUGCCCUGGGGUGUUGAUGUCCUCAGCUGUUAUAGGAGAAACACUAGACCUGGAACCCAGUUUGUUACUGGACUUGUGGAAGAGGAAACAUAAAGAUCUCCAAAUGAAUAACCGAAAGGAAGAUAUGGAAAUUGCUUCCCACUACCGUCACCUGCUGCGGGAGCUGAACGAGCAGAGGCAGCACGGGAUCCUCUGCGACGUCUGCAUCAUCGUGGAGGGCAAGAUCUUCAAGGCUCACAAAAACGUCCUCCUGGGGAGCAGCCGCUACUUCAAAACCCUCUACUGCCAGGUCCAGAAAACCUCUGACCAGGCCACAGUCACUCACCUGGACAUCGUCACUGCCCAGGGCUUUAAGGCAAUCAUUGACUUCAUGUAUUCCGCACACCUGGCGCUGACCAGCAGGAACGUCAUCGAGGUGAUGUCGGCUGCCAGCUACCUGCAGAUGACAGACAUCGUGCAGGCCUGUCACAACUUCAUCAAAGCAGCUCUGGACAUAAGCAUCAAGUCUGAUGCCUCGGAGGAUCUCGUUGAUUAUGAGCUGGGAGCCCCUUCCAGCAGCAGCACGGACGCUCUGAUUUCGGCAGUCGUGGCUGGCAGGAGUAUAUCCCCCUGGUUAGCUCGGAGAACGAGCCCGGCAAACUCCUCUGGGGACUCAGCCAUUGCCAGCUGCCACGAGGGAGGGAGCAGUUAUGGGAAAGAGGAUCAAGAACCAAAACCAGACAGCCACGAAGACAUUUCGUCCCAGUCUCUCUGGGCUAGUGACAUGGGCUAUGGGUCUUUGCGAAUCAAAGAGGAGCAGGUGUCACCGUCCCAUUACGGAGGGGGUGAGCUGCAUUCUGCCAAGGAUAGUGCAAUACAGAGUGGGUUCUCAGAGCAAGGAGUGGGGGAUGGCUGGCAGCCCACGGGCCGCAGGAAGAACAGGAAAAACAAAGAAACUGUGAGACAUAUUACACAGCAAGUGGAGGAUGACAGCAGGGCAAAUUCUCCCGUGCUGCCCCUUUUACCUGCCUCAGGAUGGCCGUACAGCAGUCGAGACCCAAGCGCUGAUGCGGCCGGGCCGGAGCCCAGCAGCUCGGACAGGGUGGAGCGGCCGGACCCCUACGGCACCGUGGAGGAAUCGCUGCUGCCAGGGGAGUCCAGCUACAUCCACCAGCCCCUGACCCCGGACAAGGAGGACGCGCUCCAGGCCGCCACGGUGGCCAACCUGCGCGCAGCUCUGAUGAGCAAGAACAGCUUGCUGUCGCUGAAAGCCGACAUGCUGGGCGAGGACAGCUCGCUGCUCUUCGAGUACCUCCCCAAAGGCACGCACUCGCUCUCCCGGCCUGGCACCAACUCGAAUCGUUCAAGGGGUGAAAGUGAUGGCAAAGUGGAAGCACCAUCUCCCCUGCUGCCUUCAGCACACCUUGCCACUCAGAGCCCCCCCAGGAUCUGCUCUUCUGGUGAAAUGUCACCAGAAGCUGGGAUAAAAGGAGAGGUGCCUUCCUCAACCCAGGCCACCUACGAUGGAUUUCUGGCACUUUGGCAGUUUGAUAAUUCUGACUCAGAUUCGAGUUUCCCGAGAUCUGAAGACACGGAUGUCGCCGCCGAUGGGGCAUUCCUGGAUUCAGCCCUGGCCAAGAGGCUGACCUGUGGCUUCUGCAGGAGGGUGUUCCAGUGUGCUGAGGAGCUGAAGGAGCACAUCCACGAGCACACCUUCUCCAUGCUCCUCCCGCUCGACGUGCUCGACUGCUCCCGGCCCGGCCUCGCCGACGGCGUUGCUGCCGGCCAGCUCGGCCGCUUCCAGUGCUCCAAGUGCCCCGCCAGCUUCACCCUGAAAUCCAACAUGGAUCGGCACGAGAAGACCGUCCACUUCCACUUCAACGAGUUCACAGUCAUCAGGAAGAAGUUCAAGUGCCCGUACUGCAGCUUUUCUGCCAUGCACCAGUGCAUCCUGAAGAGACACAUGCGGUCCCACACGGGAGAGAGGCCCUAUCCCUGCGAGAUCUGUGGGAAGAAGUUCACCCGCCGGGAGCACAUGAAGCGCCACACCUUGGUCCACAGCAAAGAUAAAAAAUACGUCUGCAAGGUUUGCAACCGGGUGUUCAUGUCGGCGGCCAGUGUGGGGAUCAAGCACGGCUCCCGCCGCCACGGCGUCUGCGCCGACUGCUCCGGCCGCGGCAUCGCCGGCCACCUGGACCACAACGGGGGAGAAGGGUCCCCAGACGAGUGUUACCCUGGGGAAGGGCAGUACAUGGAAGACCCAGAUGACAUCAAAGUGGAAGGAGAUGAAGAGAUGGGAGACGACGAUGACAUCAAGUGGAAGGAUGACGUGGGGAUGUCACAGGAUGAUGUGAUUUUAGAUGAUGACAAAGAUGUCGACUCCCCGCAGGAGCAGGACAACUCUGGGGAGAAUGACAAGGAUUUUACCUGGAUUUCUUAGGGAUUAUUUUUUGUUUGGUUUUUUUGUUUCACUCUGUUGUUUGUAGGGGGAGGGAGGGUGGGGAGGAAGGAAUAUGUUGGAAAAACUAAGUAGCCUUGUUGUCGUCCAUGUGUGCAAAAUAACUCUUGUGUUUUCUAAACAAGUCCUUCUCUGUUCCACUCAGACACUGUCUUAGCAGGGUCGCUUCCAGCGGCACAACUGACUUCGCCUUCCCCCUUUUCCCUUUCCCCCUGUGACCCCCUGCCCGUGGCCACCCCUUUGGCCAAGCCAGCCAGGCUUCCCAAGAGGGAGGUGGAGUCUCUGCAGGUGUGAGGAGGCUGGUGAAGCAUGAAUCCUCCUCCCCUUCCCACUCUGAACCAAGCACCAGGGAGGUCUUUGUGUCCAAAGCAGAUUUGUUGGUUGGUUGGGUUUUUUUAAUACCUUGUCUGUGCUAAAAUCCCAGCAACAGUGGAAUUUCAAGCUAAGGUUGUGAAAGCAGAUGGAUGGAUGUGUUGGAGGGCUUCCCCUGAUGAUACAGAUCUUUUUCAAAGUUAUUUAAAGAGUUUUAAUUAUUUUUUAUGGAGCCAAAUAGAUCAAAAGGCAAGUCAGAUUACAGCCUUAUGAAUACUUCUCUUGGAUUCUUAGCUUCCAAAAGAAUCAUCAUCAAAGACAGAUUGUGACUUCUCUUGGACCUACUGGCAUCUUACCCAGUCCUGUCUUCCAGCCUUGGUCAUCCACAGGCACCAAAACACAUUUGUGCUUCUGGAAGCACCUUUUGCUCAAGAGGACACGGUUCUGUACCUGUCAUUCUUCUCCACAAAUAUCUUCACUUUUCUCCCUUUGCUCAGCUGCCUUUUUCACAAAUAUAUGCAAACUGUAGCAAAACUGAGGCAUUUGGCCAGUGCAGGAUGAGCUGGGAAAGACAAGAAGCCGAGGUGAGGAGAUCCCAGCAAGGUGGAAUCUUGCUGCUCCCGUCCCAUGGACUUUCGUGGGGCCAGGAUUUCACCUGUUCUUCCUUGUUCUUCCUUGCCAAUCUCAACAUUCUCAUUGAUCAUGGGUAGGUCUAACACCUACUUAAUUCAUGACAAAACCCCUCAGCUUUAGUUGCACUGGUUCUGUGUAAAUUUUCCAAUAAACCAUUUUUUCUUUAAAUAAGAACCAGGUUUCUCUCCCAGUGUCUCCUCAGACUCUGUGGGGCUGUUCCAGAUAGUUGGAUUCUCCCUGUUCAUAUCGGCCACUGUUGCCUUCUUCCAGCUACACCUAAAUAACAACAGCAACAGCGUGUGUUGGAAUUGUCUUAUUCCUGAGAAACAGCUUGUUCUACCUUCACCUCUUUGCUUCUGGUGCUUUUUUAAACAAAAAAAAAAAGAAAAAGCCGAAGACCUCACUCCAUCCUUGCCAUCGAGCAAUUUUCUACGAUGUCUGUGACUGUGGUACCUUGAAACCUGCCACAAAAGACAACCCAUUGCCAGAAGCCAAAUGACUCAAGGUGCUAUUUUCCUUCCUGCAGGCCUGGUAGUCCGUGAGGAAAAGCAUGGUUCCACCCAGCAAGGGAAUUAAAAGUAUAUUGUACAAUAAACCCUCAUAAAGCAAAUAAUCUGAAAGGAUUUAAGCCACUCGGUGCCAGGAUUUUGUGGAGCGUGGUGGGAGCCUUGAUCCUGGCACCUGCAGGAGCUGGAUUCUCUCUCCAUUCCCUCCUUCCAGCUGCAUCCUGGGUUUAUGGCAUUCACUCCCUUUCUCUGCUCCUCAGUUCCUUGCAGACAUUCACCACCUCUCCACAUCCAUCACCCUGGUUCCCUGUUGCUUCCAUUGGGAGCCUCCAAGCUCCUGCCCUGUCAAUUUGGGGGUCUCAGUGAUGUGGGAACACAGAUCUUUCCUAAAUCCCUCAGUGUGGCUCAGUGGGGCCACACCAGCCCUGCUGCUGCUGCCCUUUGGACUGGAGGGGAUGGUGACUCUUGUUGCCUUAGGCUGUGAGCAUGGAAAACCCUCUUCCUUAAAUAGGGGAAGAGCAGAGCGGGUCAUGCAGGAACAAUUUUAUUAACUUGUAAAAAUCUCAUUUUGCAUUUUAGCUUCUUUUCUUUCUCCUCCCCUAUUUAAAAAGCUGUAAAAACCCACCCAGUAUGUCACAAUUGGACCUUUAUAUACCCUUUUCCAGUGGUUUUUGGGGGUCCCAGAGUGAGGAGGCUGCUCCCUUAUCCCGAUUUUGGACCCCCCAGAGUAUGGGCUCUCUAUUUAUUGUCAUUUACCCUGUAAAUAUGGAGGGGUUAGGGGGUGCCUGAAGUCCUGAAUGUGCAGCCUCACCUGUUGCAUGUAGACAAAUACAUACAGUACUUAAAGAUUUGUCUUUAGCUUUGCUUUUUAUAUGUAAAAAUCUAUUUAAAAGAGAAUUUGAAAGCCCAAACAGUUCAAACCCCUGGGUUUGUGUCACAUUCCGACAGCCCAUGCCCUCCAAUGCUGGUGUGUGCAUCCACCUUCUGAGGAGGAGCAGAUGUGGGCCAAGCCCUCCUCUUCCUCCCUGCCCUUGGGUGACUCAAUUUUGUCAUCAGCGUUACCCAGUGCUGAGCUUUCUUCACAAUUCCCUUGGAAAUAUUUUAUUCUUUUCUUUCCUUGUUUUUAUUAAAGGUGGGCAGAGAGCCAGGUAGCACUCAGGAGUGUUUCCAAAUUGUGUCACUUUGAGGCUCUUUGAACUGAGGAUGCAAAAAAUAAAGAAAAAAAAAAAAUAAAAA